ACUGUUCGAUUUUCGCGACCGACCAGAAUCAAACGACAUGAAGUCAAGGGACGAGAAUGGUUCCGCUGAAAGCAAGUCGGACAUGGCGCUGGUCAAUGUUUUGUCGCAGCAAAAGCAUAUGAAAUAUAGAUUGCCCUGGUAUUAUGCACCAUCGUUUCUUCUCCUGUGGGUCGUCCUAUUUUACGCAGUGGUAUUUCCCCUCUACAAUCGACUGCCGGAUAGUGUCUUGAUAGCUGAUGAAUCUUCUAAACCUGGCCAAUUUGUGGCGGAGAGAGCACAAAGGCUGCUCUACAAAUACGACCGGAUCGGACCCAAGGUGGUGGGCAGUGUGGCUAAUGAGGUGACCACGGUGGCUUUUCUCGUCGAGGAGGUGGAGAAUAUCCGGGCGGCAAUGCGCAGUGAUCUCUACGAACUCGAGUUGGAUAUUCAACAGCCAUCAGGGGCCUACAUGCAUUGGCAAAUGGUGAACAUGUACCAAGGCGUUCAGAAUGUGGUUGUGAAAAUUAGUUCCAAGAGCUCUAAUAGUUCGUCCUAUCUCCUGGUCAAUAGCCACUUCGAUUCCAAGCCCAGCAGUCCUGGUUCCGGUGAUGAUGGCACUAUGGUUGUGGUUAUGCUGGAGGUACUUCGCCAAGUGGCUAUAUCGGAUACCCCAUUUGAGCAUCCCAUUGUGUUUUUGUUCAACGGAGCCGAGGAAAAUCCCUUGGAGGCGUCACAUGGUUUUAUCACCCUGCACAAAUGGGCGGGUAAUUGCAAGGCCCUCGUAAAUCUGGAAGUGGCCGGCAGCGGAGGUCGUGAUCUGUUGUUCCAGACUGGCCCAAAUAAUCCCUGGCUCAUAAAGUACUACUAUCAAAAUGCCAAACAUCCCUUCGCCACCACAAUGGCCGAGGAGAUCUUUCAGUCUGGGAUUUUACCAUCUGACACGGAUUUCCGGAUAUUCAGGGAUUACGGAGAGCUGCCAGGCCUCGAUAUGGCACAAAUCAGCAAUGGCUAUGUAUACCACACAAUUUUUGAUAAUGUUCAGGCGAUUCCUAUUGAUUCCCUUCAAAGUUCUGGUGAAAAUGCUUUAUCUCUAGUUCGGGGUUUUGCCAAUGCCAGUGAAAUGAACAAUCCAGAGGAUUACAGUGAAGGACAUGCUGUCUUCUUUGACUAUCUGGGUUUAUUUUUUGUGUACUACACUCAGACCACUGGCGUAAUUCUGAACUGUUGUGUGGCUGUGAUCAGCUUGGUUCUUGUGAGCUGCUCAUUGCUGAGAAUGGGUCGUGAAUCAAAUGCCUCCAUGUGUCAAAUAUCCAUAUGGUUCACCAUAAUCCUCGGACUCCAUGUGUUGGGAAUGGUCCUUAGCCUUGGAUUGCCUUUGUUAAUGGCAGUUCUUUUCGAUGCCGGAGAUCGUUCGAUGACUUAUUUCAGUAACAACUGGUUGGUGAUUGGACUCUUCAUCGUCCCAGCAAUUAUUGGACAGGUUCUGCCCUUAACCCUCUACUACACCCUCAAGCCGAAUGACAAAAUUAGCCUCCCCAAUCACAUACACAUGAGUCUACAUGCGCACUGUGUUCUAUUGGCUUUAAUUGCUAUUAUUCUAACUGCUAUAAGUCUGAGGACCCCUUAUCUGUGUAUGAUGUCGCUGCUUUUUUAUGCGGCAGCUCUGUUGAUUAAUCUUUUAAGUACUCUCCAUGAUCGUGGAUUCUAUUGGGUGUUGAUCGUGCAAAUUCUGCAACUGAUGCCCUUCCUGUACUUCUGCUACCUCUUCUUCACUUUCCUCCAGGUAUUUUUCCCCAUGUUGGGACGUUUUGGACAUGGCACUAAUCCAGAUCUCCUGGUUGCCCUAAUCUGCGCUGCGGGAACAUUCUUUGCCCUGGGAUUUGUGGCUCCCUUAAUCAAUAUGUUCCGUUGGCCGAAGUCAGCUUUGCUCGGUUUGGGAGUAGUGACCUUUAUAUUCAGCAUGAUUGCGGUUUCCGAUGUGGGCUUUCCUUAUCGCGCCAAAACCAGCGUAAUGAGGAUUCAUUUCCUGCAUGUUCGACGUAUUUUCUAUGAGUACGAUGGCUCUGUGAGUCUCAGUGAUUCCGGCUACUACUUCGACUUCCAGGAUCGCCGUCUCUAUUAUCCCCUGGAGGAUACCACUGUUAAUCUAACUGGGUUGGUUAGUACAUCGACCGAUUGCGAUAAGUAUCUGAUGUGUGGUGUUCCCUGCUUUAAUCACCGUUGGUGUAAGACCCGCACAAAGAGUCAUUGGUUACCUCGGGAGCAGGAGGUGGCCAUUCCAGGGGCAACGUCUCUGAAGCUCCUGAGCAAGACUGUCCUGGACUCUGGAAAAGUGGCUCGCUUCGAAUUCGAGAUCUCUGGGCCACCACACAUGAGCCUAUACAUUCAACCUCUUGAGGGGGUUGACGUGGAGGAUUGGUCUUUUAUUCGAAAUAUGCUGGAUGAGCCCGAGACAUACUCAGCGCCCUAUCAAAUAUUCUUUGCCUAUGGAAAGGAUAAUUCUCCCUUGAAGUUUCACAUUGACUUUGCAAAAUCCUCGGGAGAUUUUAGCACUCCAACUUGCCAGCUGGGAUUUGCCGCCAGCUUUGUCAGUUAUGACUAUGAUCGUGACGCUGCUGGCUUGAAGUUUAUUUCCGAUUUCCCCGAUUUCGCUCACGUCAUGGAAUGGCCGACGUUAUACGAACGUUAUAUAUUUUAAGUUGGUGUGUUCAUAGAAGCUCUCGCUAAAUAUUGUUUGCACCAAACAACGCCUCUGUUAUUUAUAAUUCGUUACACUAAGAUUAUUAAUAAACGCACUG